AUGUUAAAGAGACAAUACCUUUUCCUACUAUACAUAUCCGUCAAACUCAACCACUACAUGUGUCUGUUGAUGCAUAUAAUUAUGGGAAUAAUGAAAUCAGUGAGAGGAAGGCAUUGCACUACCAGCCAUCCAUACAAUUUCCAUACAGUAAGGUCGUCAUUCAUUGUCAAACCCCUCUCUUCACGACAACAAAUAGCAGAAUUUUGGUAA